AUGGCCGAAGACGAGAACAAGGCGGCCGCAGGCACAUCGGUCAAUGCGCCCCCCAAGAGAACCAACAAGCGUCGAGCCGACGACGACGGCCAGGACGACCUCCCGCAGCCGUACAACGCCAACUCGCUCCAGCCCGCCAAGCGGCGCGCCGUCUCGCCGUCGGAGCAGCCGCGCAAGCUCAAGCGCCCUGGGGCGCGCGCGCGCAUCUCCGAGGCCGAGCGCGAGGCCAUCCGCCUGCGCCAGAUCGAGCGGGACCGCGCCGCGGCGGCGGCCGAGGCGGCGGCGGCCGAGCAGAACCGCCUGCGAGGCGUGCACGACGUCGUCAAGCAGCACUACAACAGUGUGCCCGAGCGGGGCCGUGACUGGCGCACGAGGGACAGCAAAAUCAAGGGCCUGCGCGUCUUCAACAACUGGAUCAAGAGCUGCAUUGUCCAGCGCUACUCCCCGGACGAGGACCACACGCCCGGCUCGCGCGAAUUGGGCCGCUCCAGCGGCAAGGAGCUUCUCGUCCUCGACAUUGGCUGUGGCAAGGGAGGCGACUUGAGCAAGUGGCAGCAGGCGCCGCAGUCCAUCCAGCUCUACGUCGGCCUCGAUCCCGCCGACGUGAGCAUCGAGCAGGCCAGGGAGCGCAGGAGACCGCCACCCCGCCUCUUUGACGCGCGCUUCCAUGUCAAGGACUGCUACGGCGAGAGCAUCGAAGACGUCGACAUCAUCCACCAGGUCGGCUUCGACCCGUCCCCCAUGAACCGCCGCGGCUUCGACGUCGUCAGCAUGAUGUUCUCCAUGCACUACGCCUUUGAGUCCGAGGCCCGCGCCCGCACCAUGCUGCGGAACGUCGCCGGCGCCCUGAAAAAGGGCGGCCGCUUCAUUGGCUGCAUCCCCAACUCGGACGUCCUCGGCGAGCGGGUUCGGCAGUUCAACGAAAAGGCCGCCGCAAAGCGCACCGCCCAGGCCAAACCUGCCGAGCAAGACGGCUCCUCGCCAGCCGACAAAACGCCCCCCCCCACGGACGAGCCCGAGGACGGCGAGCUCGAAGAAGGCGAGGCCGAGCCGACGGCCGAAUGGGGCAACUCCAUCUACCGCGUCCGCUUCCCGGGCAAGACACCCGACGACGGCGUGUUCCGCCCCGCCUUUGGCUGGAAGUACAACUUCUUCCUCGACGAGGCCGUCGAAGAGGUCCCCGAGUACGUGGUCCCGUGGGAGGCGUUCCGCGCCCUGGCCGAGGACUUUAACCUGGAGCUGCAGUUCCACCGCACCUUUCCCGAGAUCUGGGAGGCGGAAAAAGACGACGCCGAACUCGGGCCCCUCAGUGAGCGCAUGGGGGUUCGUGAGAGGGGGGGCGGGCCGCUGCUCGUGUCCGACGAGGAAAUGGAGGCGGCCAGCUUCUACAUUGGUUUCUGUUUCUACAAGGUCUAA